AGAUUCCUCAAAGUAACGUAACCAAAUUACACCUUUAAUCAUCAAUUCAUGCUUUCGACGACCGGAUCGGAUAAAGUUGGCCCUGUGGCUAGUGCACAUCAUGUGAUUCGACCAUCCAUCGCCUCGAGCAGCUGUGGCUUGACUUCUGCCCCACCAGUGCUCAAACCGCCGCACCACGAAAAAGUGAAUAAAUUCAACUAUCACUAAAACCCCACGACCACGAAGUGACGCCUGGACGAGCCACGACGACGCAUCCCUACGGCACCGCGAGACCUAUACAGAAUCCCUGACCAAAUCGCACGGAUACGCUCGAUUCAAAAUGGCUGCCGCCGUAGCGAACCAGCCCAAGCACGACUGGGCCGACGACGACGAUAUCGAGGAGACCUCCACCGAUCUCCCCGAGCCUCAGACCAUCUCCAACAAGGAUGGAACAAAGACCAUCAUCACAUUCCGUUACGAUGACGACGGCCGAAAGGUCAAGACCACCCGCCGAAUUCGCUUCACCACCCACACUGAGACCGUAAACCCCCGCGUCGCCGACCGAAAAACCUGGCCCAAGUUCGGCCUCAGCGCAAAGGACCCCCCCGGCCCUGCUCCCGACACCACCUCCGUCGGCGAGAACAUCAUCUUCCGACCAAGCGUCAACUGGCGAAAGGCCGAGAAGGAUGAGUCCACCGAUGCCAACGCCCAGUCCAUGAAGGACAAGCUCAAGGACAAGCAAGUCAAGUGCCGUAUUUGCAACGGUCAGCAUUUCACUGCCAGGUGUCCUUACAAGGAUACCAUGGCGCCCAUUGGAGAGACCGGCGCUGCGGAUGUCGCUGCUGGUAUGGGAGACGAGCCUUCUGCUGUUGGUGCGGCUGCCGGUGCCAAGAAGGGUUCAUAUGUUCCUCCUGCUCUGCGUGGAGACAGGGGAGCUGGCGAGAGAAUGGGAUCCAAGUUCGGCGAGAGGGACGACUUUGCUACACUGCGUGUCACCAACGUCUCCGAGAUGGCAGAGGAGCAAGAGCUGCGCGACAUGUUCGAGCGCUUCGGCCGCGUCACCCGAGUAUUCCUUGCCAAGGACCGAGAAACCGGCAUGGCCAAGGGCUUCGCGUUCAUCAGCUUCGCAGACCGGGGCGAUGCCGUCAAGGCCUGUGCGAAGAUGGACGGAUUUGGUUUCAAGCAUCUCAUUCUGCGGGUGGAGUUUGCCAAGAAGGCUCAGUAAGGCUGAUGUUUCGAUCUUGUCAUGGGUUAGUUAGGGGGCACGUCACGCACGGUAAUGCAUCGAUCGGUUGCGGGGAUUUUUUAAAAAUUAUUUGUUUCAACCUCAUGAUUUCAUGACCUUAGGAUAUGGGCCUGGAGUGGGACAAAAGUGAACUUUGGUCUUUUUGUGAUAUGAGGUAUGAUGUGAAGAUAGGGGGAGACAGCGCAAAUCAAGAUUUGUUACAUGAGUGGUCUUUGAGAGUGGG